AUGCGAUGCCGUGCCAUACUUUUUCGUUAUUUUGCCCAUACGGGCCCCCAUGCCAAACGGUUCCAUGCUCCAUACUAUGGCCGGCCAGACCAGACGGGACGCGAAUUCGACCUAACGAAACCAAAGCAGAACCGGAACCAGGGGGGAAAGGACGGGGCAUAUGAUCUGGUACUAUGUAUGCAGUGCCAUGUCUCGCAAAUUGGCUUGACUCUGGCUGCGAGUGGUGGUGACUUUGCCAGCAAAUCACGGCUCUCGGAGUGCCACGACAACAGAACAUUUGAACCCUUCAACUAUUCUUCUUCCCACCCCGCCAGGCUUGCCGCUUUGCAGGGGCCUGUCGAGCCUGUUGAGAAAAAGGUAAAACCAGAACGGGAGAUUUGGCCGUGUGGCCUUCUGGGGACCAAGGUGAUAUCUGGUAUUCCCGUCUCCGUGCCCCGUCCCACGGUCCUGCUGCUACCAAUCCCGAACUGGGAACUAGAGGAGAUCAAUGCAGGCACCGAUGUCUGCCGCGGCGUUGGUGUCGCAAGGGAACUGGGAACUGGGGCGACAGAAAAUCCAAACUUGGCCUCAGCUUCUAGACAGGGACCAUCGGGAACCAAGAAUGGACCUGGACUGGACGAUUCAUGUUCUCUCAGUUUCGCAUUCUCUUCGGGCAAUAAUGCCAACGGCCGUCGUGCCCCCUUUUAUCCCAUCAAGAGACACCAGACGGGAGAGAAGCAAAAACGAACCCGCACCGGCGCCAACACCAAACGGUUCGACGCCAUUCCCAGUUGCGCCAAAAGGUCCGGCCGGCUGGAGCGGGCUCUCUACCCCGAGAUCUGCAAGCAGUUGAUUAAAAGAGCGCAACCAGCAGGGGACGGCGGCGACGGCGGCGGCGGCUCGCUGCCCACCUGCGGCCCGAUCCUGUCUUGGCUUUGUCCUUUAAAAUCCAGCUUUGGUCCCUUUGCUUUUUCAUUUUCCCCUUGUUGGACCGAGGCGAGGACCAUCCUCCCGUCCACCAAGCGUCUGCUUCACGCCCCGAAAGAGAGAAUCGACAAAGAAGAAAAGAUGGUCCAGCCACACCGAGCUGGCCGGCGACACUCGACGGGAAGCAUUGACAGGGAGUCCGCCUCGUCGGACUGGAGACAAGACUGGACUGGGAACCCAAGUCGACACUUGCGCGGCUUUUGGUUGCUCGCUUGCUCUAUCGCCCGACUGUGGUUGAUGUGGUCGACACACGGCACGUCUAACCGGAAUGUCGGACAUGAGCCUGGACCUUGUUCCAGUCUCGCGGAGGAAUGCCCAGAGAAGGCAUCGUCUGUUGAAGAUGACGCCGUGAGACUCAAGAAAAGGGUCGUAGUGAUAUUCAGGCCGGAUAUCAAUGACACCACAACGAAAAGGACGGAAGAAUUUGACUUUGGCUCUAGGGCACGGACUCGGAGGAAUUCUCUUUCUCACAUUUCCAUCCGCCUGGCUUUUCCCCAUUUCAAGAUCUGCAUGGUAGUUGGUCUCCCUUUUCGGUGCUCGCUCGGCAAGUUGAGGUCUGAAGGUCUACAGACCGGACAACAUCUUCUCUCUUCGCUUCGUCUUCUCGACCAGCCGGUCUCUAGAUGCAUCACCUCACUUUGCCUGCAUUCUAUUGGAACCGGCGAGCAGCAACAACACCACGCCAUCACACAUAUUUCCUCCAACCCUGCAUGGUCAGUUAUCAGAAAACCCAACAUCCAGAGGCCGCCGACGAUGCUGCCACUGACGUUUGACGUUCACUUCUGCACCGGGCCCCCGAUGGAGACUGAAAACCUCCACUGCAAGUCUGGUCUCGUCUGCGGUUGCGCGGGUGCGGUACAGUCGGUACGGUACUACGACCGCAUGCCGCACUGCAUUGCAGACCUACUCACACCACAUACCUACACUACCACACACGCUUCAGAGACUCAUAGUGGACAAGUAGUUGUCGGUUCACCGUCCCGCCCAGCCGUUUUUUCAUUCGUCUGUCGCUCGACUUGGAGCAUGUCUUGGGCCUUUAUGUCUCUUGUAGCUUGCCAGCCGCAUCCUUCACCGCCUCAUUUAUCGAAUCUGCGGAAUUGGCCGCUUAUUCAUGGCGGCGAUGAGGCGUUUCCUUCCCGCCAGCAGACGCGAGAGCGAAGUUUACUGGUGGUCAAGCCACGCUGCCGACGGGAUGACGAUGCUCGCCUUGCCAAUCUCAACCCAUCGGGCCAUCGAAUCAUAUUCCUGGGAUUUGAUCCCCGGUUACACAAAGUUGAAGCUCCAGAGUUCACGCCAAGCCUCAUGUCACCCUGCCGCAGAUUAGAGAACGAAACAAAUCCCGUCCUCAAAGGCAUCCCGCUCUCCUCACGGCCACCUCAAAAGCCACAAUAUCCCAAAACUUCCAAAAUUCAAGGUCCUCCGGAUACCUGGAAUCAGAAUUCCGUAUUGGUUUUAGACUUUCCAGCUAACCACAUAUCGCACGUCAUGUCCGCCCAGAGACACCACCCCCAGUGCGACCCCCUCGAAGAACAAACUCCACAGGUUCGUCUCCCUCCGCUCGGGUCGUCCCCGUCCCGAAGGGAGCCCCGAAGGGAGGGCGAGUUCGACCCAGUCUACUCCAGUCCAUCCUGUCGUGGACUCAGUCUCAAUUUCAUCCGACGACCGGACAUAAGCACGAUUACCAACCCUCUUUCGACCCCGGGGAGCCCACGGCAGUGUGGUAGUCUCGACGGCACAAUGGCACCAAACACGGCGCGCCUCACAAUCUUUGUCUUCGGCCUCUCCUCCUUUGCAGCGGGAGUCCACUCCCUCCUCCGUCCCCACGACUCCCUCAAGGCGCUAGACCUCCCCGCCGCCGCUCUCCCCGCAGCCAACGGCAACGCUCUGGCCGCCAUUGCAAUGGGCAUCUACUACACCCUGGCAGCCGCCCAAGACAACCGCGCCUUCUUCCUCGCCACCAUCCCAAUGCGCUUGACGUCCGCCUUCGUGUUCUGGCGACAGGACUGGGGUAUCGUUUCCGGUUGGGAGGGUGGGAGCGCGGCAUUGACGCUGCUUGCCUUGGCUUGGGAUGCUCGGCAACGAACCAAGACUCAUGAGGCUUGA